AUGGCAUCCCGAUCUCCACCAUUCGAACUCAGAAAACGGUGUCUUGACACUUUUAAAGUCCCAUAUCAUCGAUUCACAAGAUGGAAGCUCAUCAAAGUUCUCGAGCACUACCAACAGAUUCCCAGAAUAAGUCAGUGCACCAAAGAGGGGCUAUUCGUUCAGCUCGAAGACUAUACCAAAGCAAAUGAUAUCAAUCAGGAUAUCGACUUAAUUUGCAGAUUCGUCAAAACUAGGUUGCUUCCUGGAGAGUAUUCAGCUUUAAGUCUUCGAAAUUUCGCUAGCGACAGGAUAUUUCACGCUUAUUCUGGGGCUGAACCUCCCGGACAGCCUUCUGCCAGUGUCAGUUUGACUGACAACUCUGACGGCACCGAUGCUGAUUCUAUUCAGUUUAAUAAAGAGCUGGAAUUCAAUGCCCAGCGUAUCCCCAAUAGCAGCUUGGAUGAUGAUACUGGUGGUGGAGACAUCGGCUCUGAUAGUAGCAGUUGGUCUAUCACCGAUGAUCAAGAUCGCUAUCGUCCUGGUUUUGAUGAUGAGCUUGAGAUUGAAUAUUCUAUACUUUCUAGUCCCGAUUUGAAAACCGAAUAUAGCUCAGACCAUUCCGACGAGACGUCCGAGUCUUCUAAUCGUCCUAGUCCUGAUGUCAAAACCGAAUAUGACCCAGAACAUCCCGACCUCCAUCUUCAUGAUUCCGACGACGCGACCGAACUUUUUAGGCACCUUGACGAUACCCACGACAGUGAUGAUGAUUCUGACAAUGAUACUCUUCAUAAUCAGCUUCUGGUUAUGCUUGCUAGCAUCCGGCAUGAGCACCAGACUCCGAAGUCUCCAGUCCAAGCUCGUGGACAAAAAAGACAGCGGGAGACGAGAUUAUGCAUCAUCUGUUUGGACUCUCCCGAUGUUGAUUUAUUUCCGGAAGCAAACUGUUCAGAAACCUGCGCGCAUGAGAUCAAUGUUUGCACGGAUUGUCUGACAGCUCAUAUCGGCACACAGAUUAGGGAAUCUCCACUUCGAAUAUUAUGUCCUGGUUGCUCGGAACCAGUUGGCUAUCAAGUAGUUAAAACGUACGCAUCUUCCGAGGAAUUUGAUAGGUUUGAACGAUUGGGCCUGAUGGAAGCUUUCAAAGAUGACCCUUCUUUUAUAAUGUGUUUAGGUCCUAAUUGCGACUCCGGUCAACUUCAUGAGGGCGGCGAAAACGAGCCCAUUAUGGAAUGCAACUCCUGUCACUUUAAAACAUGUUUCGUACAUAAACUCCCUUGGCACUCGGGUCAGACUUGUGAGGAGUAUGAUCUUGAUCGGAAAGAAAAACUGGACCAAGAGGCUGCAACGAAUGAGUUGCUACAAAGAGAAACUAAGACCUGCCCCAAUAAGUCGUGUGGACUCCACGUUAUGAAAAUCAGUGGCUGUGAUCAUAUGACAUGUCACCGCUGCAGAUUCGAAUUUUGUUGGCUCUGCCUAGCCCCUUACCAGGCGAUUCGAGCCCAUGGUAACCACUACCACGAGAAGAAUUGCAGAUACUACUUUGACGACACUUACGGACCCCGUUACGAGUACGACUCCGAUGAAGAAUCUGACAUAAGUUUAUAA